UUGUGAAAGUGACUUAAACUUAAAGAAAUUUUUACGACACAUAAAACAUACAUUUAUUGAGCUUUGCCGGCCACAAAGUUCUAUUAAAUACCAACAAUUCACAAUGAAGAAUAACAACAGAAACUCUCAGCAUCAACAGCGCAACAUCAAGUUGCAAACAUUUGACAAGUCUAACGCGGAUGCUGACCAUGUCCACAGAACGCUCGAGCGUAAACUAAACUAUCUGUCUGAGUCCAAUCACGUCACAGCCUCCUCCCGGCCAUUUCGGCGUCGUGGUCAACGAUCCAGUGAAGGAGGCAGCGUUGGCCACAAUCACAAGCGAAAACAUGGCAAGAAGACAUCACAGAUGAAACUAAAGGAUGAGGGAACGACCAACGUUGGACACCCAAAAAUUUCCACCAUUGCCAACUUCUUGCAGUCACCGCGUCGCAAUGGACUGUCGCCCCGUGACAUAAUCGAGGAGGAGGGCGAGGAGGAGGACGACGAUGGCAAAUUGAGUCGUUCGAUACAGGACGAGUUGAUCAUGGGCCAGACAAAUCUACGUAGCAAUUUGAGCAUCAAGCACAUGCACAAGCCCACAUACAGUUGCAGCUCCUGUGGCGCCCAAUUCCAUAUCAAAUCUUUGCUGGGCGCCCAUCGUCGCACCCACGACGAUGACUUCAAGGUGCGUUUCCGGGGCAGACGGGCACGGGAGAGCAACACGACACUUACAGCUGCUGGGAAACAGUGCAGGUUUUGUGAUCGCUACUUUGAUCUGGAGCGGGCGUUGCACAUUCACCAAUUGUGCCACUGCAACAAGAUAACGCCACAGCAGCGACGUAAACUUGGCUAUACGGAUCUGGCGCACGAGAAGAAAAACACGCCGUUGCCAAACUUUCAACGGAUGCCGAGGGGCACGUUGCCGGCACCCACAACCCCGGAUCCGAAUAUGCCGUAUGUGGCACUUGGCCCCGCUGCCAUCAAGAUGAUUGAACAGGAGCAACAGCAGCAGAAGGCCAAGAGGCGUUCAACCAAAUACACGGUUAAAGUUGCCGGACCAAUGGGACGUUGGCGUUAAUAAGUGCACCUCACAAACAACACAACUUAACACUACACAACCCAACACAACACUACACAACACAACAGAAUACAAAAAAAGAAGAAACACAAAAAAAAGAAACAAAACAAAAAAUGAACUUUGCAAUUGGAGCAAUUUUAACUUGUUGGCGUUAAUGUGAACAGUUUGCCUGGCAUACAAAUCAUUUGUAGCAUGUGAAACAAAUUAAAGCCAAAUUUUAGUGAUUUAAC